AUGUGCAUCCUCGGUCCCCCAAUGUCCGGAAAAUCGACUCUAGCCAGCAAACUGGCCGACAUCUAUGGUCUGCCGCACAUCCGGCUGAAGGACGUGAUUGAUGAAACCAUCGCGGCAUUGGUAAGCUGUUUUUCGACAACAUCAGACUUGUAUACAUCCCGGGCAGUGACUAGCGACGUUGCCCACCAAACUAAGGGUAGGGCAAAGGUGGCCUGGUAA